GGUUCUCUUUUGUCAUUCAGUUCUUCUCACAACAAGGAAAAGUCUCUAUUUUCCCUCUCUUUCCCAGAGCCUUCCUCCUCAUCCUCAUCUUCCUCUUCUUCUUCUUUCUUCUCCAGUCCAUUAUAAGCUAUCUUCUUCCAAAUUUCAUUUUAAACAAUCUUUGAAUUGGUAUCAUAUUUCUUUCUCUAAUCAAGUCCUUAUCAAAAUCCCAGUGAAAUGAAGAAAGUUAUAGUGAAAUUGGAUUUGCAUGAUGAUAAAGCUAAGCAGAAAGCUCUCAAAAAGGUCUCAAGUCUUUCAGGCCUUGAUUCCAUUUCUAUGGACAUGAAAGAAAAGAAAUUGACAGUAAUAGGUGAUGUAGACCCAGUUCAAGUGGUGAGCAAAUUGAGAAAAACUUGGUUCACAGAGAUUGUAUCAGUGGGACCAGCUAAGGAAGAAAAGAAAGAUGAGAAGAAAGAAGAGAAGAAAGAAGAGCCCAAAAAACCAGAUGAUAAAAAGCCUAAAUCUGAGAAAGAACAGAUUGAAGACCUUAUCAAUGCAUACAAAGCCUACAAUCCUCACAUGACCCAAUACUACUGUGUCCAAAGUGCAGAAGAAAAUCCAAACGCUUGUGUUAUUUCUUAAUCAAUUACCUUUUUUUAAGUAAUGUAUAUAUAUAUAUAUUUAUUUAUAUAACUAUAUAUGGUGCUAUUUGAAGGAUCAUAUUGUCAAAUGAUUCAUGUUGAACUUUGAUGAUUCCAUACCCUUUAUUGGUGAUCAUCUGAGGUGACAUAUUUUUUAGGACUUUUUGUUUUGUUUGGUGAGGCAUUUUAGUUUUGGUAGAACGAUAUGGGGACAGAUUAUGAAAAGGGUUUUUUCUUGUGCACUUAGUUCUUCUUGCUCUGAAAUUAUUGGAGGAUGUGAUCAAUGUAUACUAUUACAUAUUGUAGAGUACUAUUUCUAUAAUAAUAAUAAAAAAAAAAAUAUCAAUGUAUUCAACA